AGGGUCCCAGCGCGGGUUCAGUUCUGCGGCCUUCCCUGCUCCGGCUUUGACCUUCUACCUUCAGGGGAGCUCAGGACGAAUUGGCUGCCCGGACGCUGUUGGAACAGCCCCAGAACUGGGUGACUAGGGGACGGCACUGACCUGAGAGCAUGAGUGGACAGAAGGAUGAGGCGUUGUUUCGCAUACUCCGUAUUUAUGAUGAGCCAGAGGAGACGAGCAACGUGCCCAAAAGCUCUGACAUUUCCUCCCAGUCCCACCAAGCACAGUCCCAACCGGAGGGGGUGUAUGGAAUGCCCCCGCAGGCCCCCGGUUUCCUGACACCGCGGGGCCCGCUUUAUCAGGAGACGAGCGCCGGGAUCCCACAGCAGUGGGUCCUCCAGACUCUGGGCAGAUCUGAGCUCCAGGCCAGUUGUCUCCCCCAGGCAGAGCCAGAAGCAGCCGCAGAGCUGGCCCCCAGCUUCCUGCCAGGACCCAUGUUUGGCCAGCCUUGUCCCUCACCUCUGCCCAGUGAAGAAGUCUGGUCGUUCCUCGGGACAAUUCCGCCUGUUCCCAAUGAAGUGGUGGUCAGGCAGAGGGUCCCCCGGCGGUGCUGGAAGGUUGGCAGGCUCCGCCACGGGAAGAAAGUCUACGCCGUGGCCAUUAGCAGCUCGACUCACCACGUGUACACGUGUGGCCACGGCUACAUUAAGGUCUGGGACGAGAGCGCCCUGCAUGCCCGCAGCAAGGCCCCACAGGCCCAGCUGGACUUGCAGGACCGCCAGAACUGUGUCCUGGCCUGCAAGCUGUUCCCGGACGAGCAGUGCCUCAUCACCGGGGGUCUGUCCCAGAGCCUGACCCUGUGGGAUCUGGCGCCCACACCGCGCGUCAGGGCCCGGCUGGCCUCCACGGGCCCCCUGUGCUAUUCCCUGGCGCUCUCCUCCGAUGCCCAGAUCUGCUUGGCGUGUUUCAAAGGAUUUGUCGAGAUUUGGGAUUUGCAGAACCAGAUCUUGAUCAGGAAGCAUGAAGUCCCUGAAUAUGGGUCCCGCUGCGUGGACAUCGCCGGCAAUAAGUUCUGGACAGGAGGUGAAGACACCAGACUCUAUUCCUGGGACCUGAGGAGCUACCAGAGGUUGCAGGAACACGAGUUACGGCAUGAGAUCCUCAGCAUUACCCACGAGCCCACUGAGGAGUGGGUGCUGGUAGGCCUGAGAACAAGCGACAUCAUAAUUCUCCACACACACCGGCCAGAGAAGUUUAAGGCAGUCUUGCAUAAAUACGUCAACCACCACAACCUCAAGUUUGCCUCCUGUGGGAGCUACUUUGUGACCGCGAUCGAUGAGUCGAUCCACUGCAUAGCCGCACCUUCUCUACAAAGGUUGUUUCAGGUAGAGGAGCCAACAGAUGUCCUGUGUUGUGAUGUGUCUGCUGACAACCAGUAUCUGGUCACGGGCUCCAAGAACAGUGCCACGGUUUACCAGCUCUUGUACUGAAGUUUGCAUGCUGUGUUCCUGCUGGCGAAGACCCAAAGGAGGCCAGCAGGCCGAGGGCACGGCAGCCUCUGUGGCCCGAUACCUUCAUGUGACCCUCGGUGGUUGGGCCUCUGUCUGCUCCCUCUGCCCCGGACACACCUUGCCUGUGCUCGCAGGUUUUUAUGAUACGAUGUAGGGGGUUUUUCCUUUGUUACUAUUCUUACUGCUGAUGUCUGGGUUUGGGUGGGGAAACUUGCCUUCGUAAUUAACAAAAUAGAAAAGCAGAAACCAAAAUGGCAU